AACGCGAGUUUCGUUCGCCUUCGGCUGAUUUGGAGUUCGCAAUUGAACGGUCUGUCAUUGCUUCUAUUAUUUUCCGCUUGUACGAACGUGUUUGUUGUGUUUGGUGUCGAUUUUGCUGUGUAGCCAUAAUGGAAAGCAAUAAUUGUGGAAGAAAAAUUUGUUCUAUUCGCUGUGGUAAGCUGACGAGAAAAUCUGAAAGAGGCUGAAAAAGUAAUGAAAAAAUAUGCAAGACUCAAGCGAAGCCCUCCGCAAGAGAAGAAAAUCGAUGUUAAAUGUGAAAAAGCUGUAAUUCUUUGAACUGUCUGUGUUUUGUGCAAUUUUGUCAAACUGUUGGUGUUAAUGCUUAAGCGAAAUCGUUUUACAUGUAGUUUCGGGCAACAUUCGAAGGAACUCAGAAAAGGAAGAAAAGAAUUCUAAAGGUGAAAUGAAAUUAUGUACUGUAAAUUGACCCACCAGUGUUGCUAGAUAACAGAUCAACGCAGAGCUGCAAACGAUGGUCGAAUAUGCUGAGCAGCAUAACUCGGAAUGUUCAAUUUACGUCUAGAAAAUUCGCAAUCGAUUCAAAGUUUUAAAGUGGCAUUGAAAAACAGGCUUGAAAUAAUUUAUGCAGUUUUAUGGAUAAUUCAUUCCGAACGUAGACGUGCGUGGGGGUGGCCGUAAUAUGCAGCUACGCUAAGAGAGAUUGUUAUGGCACAUUUUUUCAACGUUCGGUGAUAGAAUGUUAAUCGAAAACUAAGGACUUAUAAGGUACUGCACGCUAGACGGGUUGUGUGAUGGUACGAAAGUUAUUUGAAAAGAGACUGUAAAGAAAGCUCUAAAAAACUACAAUCGUUAACAAGCAGACUUCAAGCAGUAAUUAAUAGAAACGUAAAGCUAGAGCUAACAUCCUGUUUUUUUUCUGUGUGGAACAGCACUAAAAAGCGGACUCCAGAAUCGUACUAGUUGUGCAAUUGUGCUUACUUGCUUCAUGUGGUAGUGUCGAACUCGGUGUUAGUGGUAUUAAAUAUUUCUGAAUCGCACCGCUUAGUUGAUGUAUGCUGGAACGUGCGCCCGAAGAGACGAAGAGAAGAAGAAAAAAUAACUUUCCGAGAUUUCCGAUGAAUAAAGUGUACUGUCAGUUUCUAUGAGUGUCUUAGUAUCAGUGCAAGCAAUUGAUCCGUACAGCGGCGGUCACACGCACACCAGUCACAGCCCAUUUGUUCGGAACAGCAGCGGCAGCAGCAGUUUUGUGUACACAUAUUCGCAGUCUAGUUAUGGAUUCAAUAUGGCUGACGACACACGCAAAGUCCGUGUUGAGGAGCAAUUGAAAAUAAAAAUAGGCGAAGCAAAAAAUCUCCUCGGUCGCAAUGGCAACAACUGCGGCGCCUCCUCAUCGGGCUCGAAGGAAAACCGCGAUGUGUACUGUACGGUCGCGCUGGACCAGGAGGAAAUCUGCCGGACGCCGACGAUCGAACGGACGCUCAGUCCGUUCUUUGGCGAGGAGUACCAGUUCGAGAUACCGCGCAGUUUCCGCUACCUGUCGGUGUACGUGUGGGACCGGGAUCGGCACCUGAAGCAGGACAAACCGUACGGUAAGAUUGCGAUCAAGCGGGAAGAUCUGCACCAGUACAAUCACAAGGAUCACUGGUUUCCGCUGCGGCCCGUCGAUGAGGACUCCGAGGUGCAGGGUAUGGCCCAUCUGGAGAUCACCGUCGACGAUGGCGUUGGCAAUCUGAAGCAAACGAAUGAGUUCGACGAUUUCGGUCGGUUCCACAUGGGACAAUCGGCAAACAACAGCAACUCCUCGUUCGGAAGUGUGAUCAGCAGCAACGGCAGUAGUGAUACGAAAGAAAACUCCAGCUCCUCCCACCAUCAUCUGCUCCACCAUCAUCAUUUGGUGAACAAUUCUGCAAAUAGUACAAAUCUAAAGUUAAGUUUUCCAUCCAAAAGCAGCGUUUCGGGAAGUAUCGGUAGCGGUAGUGUAGUAGUAGGAGGAGGAGGAGGUACAUUAAGGACGAUCUUCGGGGGCAGCAGCGACUUUGGCAACAACGUACAGCCGCAACCAUUCCGUAACAUUCUCGACAGCUCGGGCAGCUCUAGCCGGAGUUCGCGCAUCUCGAUCAAACUGACUGAGUGCAUGGAUUUGGCACGCAAAAAUGGACUCUGUGAUCCGUUCGCAAUACUAACUGCUCACUAUUCGAAUAAGAAGAAAAUUACGAAACGUACUAAGGUGAGAAAGAAGACAGUAAAUCCUCAAUUCGGUGAAAUGGUUAGCUUCGAUCUGUGUGUGGAUGCGUGUGGCAGUGACUCUAAAAGUGAUAGUAAUAAUACCUACACGGUAGUUCCGCUCGGGGGAGCGGAUUUGUGUGAAGUGGUCAUAACGUUCUGGCAUGACAGUCCCGGUAUGGGUGACGAUGUGUUUCUGGGUGAAAUUAAACUUCCAGUGCGGGGAAAGCAGCAGUUGAACGCAGUACAGCACAGCGCUUGGUACUAUCUGCAACCAAGGACAAGCCAGUCGCGGCCAUCGCGAACAUGUGCUACUCCGCCCGGAACUAGGCUCUCUUGUGAUAACUCGCUUGGAUCGCUUCGCCUCAAGCUGAACUAUACCGCCGACCAUGUGUUCCCGCUAGCAACCUACGAUCAACUGAUGAACAUCCUCAUUCAAUCCAUAGAUCAAAAACCCAUCACGGCCAGCGCAGUGCACAUUCUCGGCGAAAUCAUCCAGAACAAAACCGAAGUCGCCCAACCGUUGGUACGACUGUUCACUCAUUCAAACGUGAUAGCUCCGAUGAUCAAGUCCCUGGCGGACCACGAAAUCUCGAAGCUAACAGAUCCAACGACGAUCUUCCGUGGAAACACGCUGGUCUCGAAGAUGAUGGACGAAGCGAUGCGAUUGUCCGGACUGCAUUACCUGCACAACACACUGCGACCAAUCGUGGAGGAAAUUUUCGCCGACAAGAAACCAUGCGAAAUCGAUCCAGCCCGAGUGAAGGACAAGAGCAUGAUCGAUAACAACCUGCUCAAUUUGCAGGACUACGUCGAGAAGGUGUUCGAAGCAAUCACCAACAGUGCGGUCAAAUGUCCAGCCGUCCUGUGCCAGAUAUUCCACGAUCUGCGAGAGUGCGCGGCAAAGUACUUCCCGCAGAACAAGGAGGUGCGCUACUCGGUCGUGUCCGGUUUCAUCUUCCUGCGGUUCUUCGCUCCGGCUAUACUAGGACCAAAGUUGUUCGACUUGACAACCGAACCAGUGGACGAACAAACCACCCGUACUCUGACGCUUAUCUCCAAGACGAUCCAGUCGCUUGGAAACCUGGUCAGCUCGCGGUCCGCGCAGCAGCCCUGCAAGGAACAGUAUACCGGACAGCUGUACAAGAAGUUCUGCACCGAAAAGCACGUGGAGGCCAUCAAACACUUCCUGGAGGUGAUAUCCACGGUGGGGGCUAACAUUACCGACUGCAGUUCAUCGGCCCUGGAACCGGCGGUGGUGCUAAAGGAAGGGAUGAUGACCAAGCGGGCCCAAGGUCGGAAGCGGUUCGGGCGGCGAAACUUCAAGCAGCGCUACUUUCGGCUUACGACCCAGUCGCUCAGCUAUGCGAAGGCGAAGGGGAAGAGACCAAUCUGUGAUAUACCGCUUAUGGAUAUUUUGGCCGUCGAACGGGUCGCCGAGAGGAGCUUCAAGAUGCAGAACAUCUUUCAGAUUGUGCGGAAGGAGCGUCCCCUCUAUGUGCAGACGGCAAACUGCGUGGAGGAGAAAGAAUGGGUCGACCUGUUAAGCAAAAUCUGCCAGAGCAACAAGGCACGGCUGGAGCACUUCCAUCCGUGUGCCUACAUCAACGGCAUGUGGACCUGCUGCAGUGAAAUUGACCAGUAUGCACCGGGCUGCACGGCCGUCUCAAAGAAACCAUUCCAGAUGGAGCUGGCAACGGCGUUGGACCCGGCCCGGGACCUGCAGCGGUUGCACUCGCUCAUCAUGGUCAACUUCGCCAGCCUGGAGGAGCUGGAUCCGACGCUGAACGCGACCUGCGACGAUCCGGGGGCCGCGCGCCAGACCAUCAAAAAGCUGAACGAGAUCGCCAGCUCGCUCGAGCGGAUCCACCGAAAGUACAAGACGAUGCUGGCGCGGGAAAUGCGCUACGGCAGCCGGCAGGCUCCGAUCGGCGACGACAACUACCUGCACACGUCCCGGCUAAUGGCGGCCGGGGGCAACCUAGCGGCGACGGCAGCGGCCGCAGCUGCUUCCAUCAUCCCACAGCACUUUGAAAAGUCACCACAUUUUUUUCAGCGCAACAACCCGCUGCGGUCGUCGGACAACGAGCGGUUCUCACAGUGUUAAGUUUUUACUUCUUCAUUGAAUGUUUUGCCUUAUUUGUAUCUUAGGAUUAGGUUAUUUAUUUUUGUUUUAAAAAAAAUCCUCUUUUGUGAAUUUACCAUUUUUACCGAGAUGCAAACGGUGCUUCUCUCUUCUGACUUUUUUUUCGAUUUUGCAAGCUUUAACGAAACCGGGUUCUUUUGUAAGGAAAAAAAGAAACAUAAAAAUAUUUAACGCGUUACGCACAACUUUUUUUGUUUUUUGUUGAUAUGACAAAACGCAAGUAAAAAUGUACAGAAUAAUUGUGAGCACACCACAGAAAUAAAACUGCAUGUUUUUAAGUUCAGACCGCCAGCUGUGCUUUUGUUCAUGUUCAAAAUAAGUUUAGUUUACACAUUUCAUAAUCAGUCCUAACAAUUCCGAAAAAAUAGUAUGAAAAAAAACCAAACGUAAUCUCAAUCAUAGGCCCUCGGUAUACACGAGAACACACGAGAGAUUAAGAAUGAUAGAAGCGAACAACCAUCAAAAGUUUACUGAUAUAUUAUGUAAUACAUGUUAGCAAUGUCAAAGUAUUCCCGAAUAGUUAAAACAAAAACUCCCAAUUCCUGCCAUAAUUGGUCACCGAUGUUGUGCCAUUUCUGUCGAUGCGAUGGUGGGAACACCUAUCACGGCUUGCGCGGAGAGCUGGGAGUUGACGAGGAGAAGCUAUGCUUUGAGUUAAACUUAAAAACUACACCAAGCUAGAGGUAUGUUUACACAGCCGCUGUUAGGAAUUCGUGAUUCGAGACUCAAUAUUUGAGUCGAGAAACGAGCAAAACGCAAUGAACGUUGAACAAAGCUAAUCUAAAACUAUAAAUGAUCAAAAUAUAUCGCAAAGAUUUAAACUACUAAACUACUGAGCUACUACUACUGCUAUCUACUAUCUUACUACUGUCUCUAAUUGAAGCAACAAGGGAACUAAUAAAAACGGUGUAUAAGAUUGAUGUCACCCUCUAGAGAAGCAAAGUAAUAAAAGUAACAAAUCCCUUUCUGCACGCUAUGAACCGAGAAGAAUGAGCACAGAACAAAAAUUCCCUCCCAAUAUAUAUUAUAUAUUUUAAAGUUUUCCAUAAGG